AUGUCGAAUCAUCGUCUGUGCACUCAUGAUGAGUUGCCGGCAUGGCUCAAGGACAAUGGUUUCAUCAUCUCCGGCUAUCGUCCAACAUUUAGACAUGAUACAGUCGCAAAGUGUUGGGGCAGCGUUUGGGGCUACUUCCACAAUGAGACAAUCAACAUUCAUACCCACCUCUGGGGAGCUGUCUUCUCCAUUGCUCUCCUCUUCCUUCACGCCCUCCACCAUUUCUCCCUCUUCCCUUCCUUUCUGGAACCAAUCGCGUACCACUCAAUCUUUUCCCCACCCCACAUUCCUUCCUCUCUAAGCAGCCCAUCCUCCUCCUGGUCUUCCGCAAAUUCCUCUCCAAACGACUGGAAAGACAUCGUGGGGUUCACCAUCUUCCUCCUCUCCUCCGUCACCUGCCUCACCCUCUCCUCCUCCUUCCACACCCUCUCCUGUCACUCGCGCCAUCUGGCGCACAAGUUCAACAAGCUCGACUAUGUAGGCAUUGUAGUCAUGAUUGUGGGUUCCUUUCUCCCCGCUCUACACUAUGGCUUCUACUGCAGACCGCUCUGGCAGCUCGUUUACGGUAGUGGGAUCAGUGUCCUGGGUGCUGGUGCAGCCUACGUGGUCCUCGCGCCGCACUAUGCCACGCCGGCCUACAGGCCCGUACGCACAGCCAUCUUCCUCGCUCUGGGACUGUCGGCAGUAGUGCCCGUAGCGCACGGUGUGGCCAUUUACGGUGUGCGAAUCCUGGACUUGACGAUGGGAGUACGAUGGCUAGCCCUUGAAGGGGCACUAUACGUUACGGGAGCACUGCUGUAUGCCCUCAGGAUCCCAGAGCGCUUUGCAAGAGGCCGCUUUGAUCUAUUCGGGGCCAGUCACCAGAUCUUCCACUUCUUCAUCCUCCUAGCCGCCCUCUCGCACUACGUUGCCCUCCGACGCGCCUAUACCUUUUGGCACAUGUCCGCCUUUACCAUCUCCUCUUCCUCUUCCUCCUUCUCGACGGAGAGGAGGACGGGGACGGAGGCAGGAAUGAUGGCGCUCGAUGUAGGGAGGAGAGCCGUCUGUCUGGGAAUCGAUAGCUGGAGGGAGGCGCUCUGA